CGUCCCCUUUUCCUCUGUCCGAAAAAGCCUCGCGCGAUCCUACGACGCUGUCGGAGAUGGAGGACGACGCCGAGGCGGCGAGGCAGCUGAAGAAGCUGAGCAUCUACGGCGCGGCGAGGAUCAUCAAGCGGCGGGGCAACAGCCUCUACAACGCCCUGCGGUCGAUCUACGAGGACUCCAUCUUCGUCGCCGAGAUCGCGCAGCUCUGGCCGGGCCUCCCCCUGGUCGCCAACCUCCGGUGCGGCCUCUGGUACGCCGCCGCCUUCCACGCCACCUGCUACUUCAAGUCCACCGACGGCCACACCAACAACUUGUCCUUCAACACCUCUCGCCUCAACCUCCACCUCGCCCUCCUCGCCGGACAGAAAGGAGGAUGUAUCAUUGUCGAUUCGACUCGGAAAGGGAAGAGGUUUCCUGACAGCAUGUCGAAGACGAUACCCAUUUGGACGUGCGUCAUGAAUAGAGCUAUUGUCAACUAUAGGAGGAAAAUGUGCAGUGAUGGGCUCAUUUCAAAUGGGGUUGUAGAUACAACAAAUCAGCAUGCAAAUAGCGAAGGACAGGCUCCACUGGAUUGGGAUUGUUCCUUGCAUCUUCCCUUGUGGGUUUCAGAGACAGAAAAGGCAACUAUAGAGAAUCGCUUGGAAAGUUGGACUCAUCAGUUGGAAGCCAGUGGGGCUGAUAUUAGUUCUAUUGCUGCAUGUUUGAAGAAGCCACUGCGUCCAUUAUGGAUUUCACAGAGAACUGUCAUUUGGUUGAACGAAGUGCCUGAUCAUGAUUCUUGGGAUUUUACACCAAUCAUACUUGUUACUGCUUCCUCCUCAAGUGGAACUGUUCAACCCAAGACUACUUCAGAGUUCAGCUGGAACUACAUAGCAGGGGCUGGAGAUGAUGAGGAAAGCUGGGCAAGGGGUCUAUCACCAUCUCUUUUCUGGAAAAAUGUGUAUGAUAUCAUAGAAAGUGGUCCUGAUUUAUGCAAUCGGAAGGUAGCUGAAAUAGUAGAGAGGCAUAGAGUUUACCUAGCUCAUAGGGGACAUGCUGCCCCUCAGGUCAGAGUCAAGGGUCCGCAAUUGCCUGGGAGUGCAUGUAAUCUUUCUUGUGAUGAAUUACCCCUAGCUUCAGAGAUGGCUAAUGCUGAAGUUGAUCCUAAGUCUUCUCAUGAAAAUUGCCCCAUAACUUGGCUGGGUUUGACAAAUCUCGCUGUGGGCUCAACACAAUUUGCUGCAGAAGCAUCUGGUGUUGACUGUGUGUUGAAUUGUUCUCAGGAGUCUAUGUCUGUCUCUUUACAAAGUACUGAGGCAUAUCUCCAUCUUCCAAUGCUGAACUCUAAACAAGAUCGGUUUUCCCUAUUGAGCAAUCUUCAGACUGCGGUAAACUUCGCAAGGUUGAAUCUUAGCAAAGGGAAGACUCUUUUCGUUUGUUGUCAAAAUGGGGAGGACAUCAGUAUAUGCACUUGUCUUGCAAUUCUAAUGUCAUUAUUUGAUGACCAAGGAACCUAUGAUGAUGGAAAGUCCUUUAGUGAGACAACUGUUACUAAAUGGGACAUGCGGCGGCGACUCAUUUUUAUCUGCAAGUUUGCAUCAAAUGCACGACCUUCCAGAGGAAAUCUAAGGCAGGUGUUCAAUUUUCUUACUGGUGGAGGAAGAGUGAAUUUGGAUUCUUAAUAUCAUGGAAGUUGCUGCUUCCAUGAAUGCUAAUCGGGCAGGGAGGCUAUUCAAUGAGGUUUCUACGAAGAUCUGGGCAAAUCUAGAGGUUAGAUUCAAGGCCUUGCAAGUCAGCUUCUACUUGUAGUUUGAUAGAUGAUUAAUUUAGAUUAGCAUCGAUGAUGAAGUUUUGUAAAGUUGUGAGGGAGGCUAUGUUAUAUGGUUGAGUUGCUUUAAAAGGAGGAUAUCUGUUUGUCCAGCUCAUAUUGUACUCUUCAUGAAUCAUCGGUAUCAUAGUAAUCACUCACCAUGCAGUUCCUUUCAUGUA